UCAUACAAAAGAAAGAUUUAAGAAACUUCUUUUUAUAUACACAGCGACGGCGUUGAAUGAUUUACGCGUAAACGAUGAUGAUGAAGCGCAACAGAGGGGUCAUCGUGCAGUCAACUUCCCAACCACGCCAAUGAUCGUGACCAGAAUCCGGGGACCUUUGAUUUUGCAACCGUUUGAGUUUUGGUUUCCAGAGUUGAUUGAUUGAUAUUGUGGAGAUUCUUCUGGGUCCAUAGCAAAAUGGGAGUUAUGUCCAGGCGGGUUGUGCCCGUCUGUGGCAACCUGUGUUGCGUCUGUCCUUCUCUGCGGGCGAGCUCUAGACAACCGGUGAAACGAUACAAGAAGUUGCUAGCCGAUAUUUUCCCACGCAAUCAGGAGGCUGAACUUAAUGACAGAAAAAUUGGAAAACUAUGUGACUAUGCUUCCAAGAACCCACUGAGAAUUCCCAAGAUUACUGAUUACUUGGAGCAAAUAUGUUACAAGGAUUUGCGUUAUGAAACCUUUGGCUCAGUGAAAGUUGUCUUGUUCAUAUACAAGAAAUUCUUAUCGUCAUGUAAGGAACAGAUGUAAGUUUGCU